AACCAUUUUCGACGAAACUGUAGUAUAUUUUCUUCAAGAAAAAGAAUCAGUAUGCCACAUAUUACUUGUUCAUUGUAGUGUUACAGCGCCAAUCUCUCUUCAUCGCCUCAAUAGACAAUAAAAUCAGGUUUCUUUGUGCUCCUGAAACUACAUGUCCCAUGCACCUUUGCGAAACACGGGCUCAACAUACAGACAGUAAAAUGCUAUUAUAUAUCGCUUUAAUACAUAUUAUUUUGAUUUUUAUUCUCCAAUUUUAACCAUAACACAUUGUGUGUGAAUAUAACUGAGCCACAGGAAAUAACAAAUACAUAUUUCAACAGAAGUAAACAACGCGUCACGUCACGUGACCAAUAUUUAUGUUCCUCUCAAGACACCGCACUGUUUAGCUAGCUAACUAACUCUCUUCGCCGCUUCGAAAAACAAGUAAACCGCCUGCGUUUGCUUCAUGAUGAAAUGCAGGCAGCUACGAUGGAUCCAGCGGAAGAGCCCCCAUCGAUGUUGUGGGGACUGGACCCGAUGUUUAGUGCCCAUGCCAGGCUGUAUGUCAGAGACAUCCUGCAGAUGACAGAGUCCAUACAGGUGCCAGGUAUUUACUUCUACAACUUACAUCCGAUUUAUAAAGUGGAUGUACUUGGAACAGUGGUUUACCAGAGAGAAAGAGAAGACUUCUUCUGUUAUGGAGUGGAUGAUGGUACUGGCGUAAUAAACUGCCUUUGCUGGAAAAAAGAUCUGUUUAAAGAGGAGGAUCCUACGACAUCAGGGGGAAAACACAGUGAUGGGGCUCAUGGAAGCUUCAACCUAGUUGCUGAAAUGAAGAAGCUGAGACAGGCCCAUCAGAGCCGCUGCCGUCUGGAGAUCGGAGAGCUGCUCCGAGUCAGAGGACCGGUGAAGACGUCGAGGCAGCAGAGAGAAAUCAUGGCCUCUACCUACUAUAAAGUGAAUGACCCAGUGAUGGCGGUCCAGAUAGAGUGGAUGAUGGAGGUUCAUGAGCUCUACAGACGGUGCUAUGACAAACCAUUCCAGCUGCAACCUACUGCAACGGGUGACUCAGCAAUCAGUUCCCUCAGCAAAGCGACGAAUAUCAUCAAGGAUUUCUUGAAGCAGAACUCGGUGACCAGGUUCAGACCCUAUGAUGUUCUGGACCUCCUGCAGCCUCUGAUCUCCAGCCAGCCUAAAGCAGCAUCAGCAGCCCAGGAGCCUGUGGCGGGUCCAUCUGCAUGCCAGCAGCUACGCCAGCUCCUGAAGGAGGUCCUGAAAAUUUUACAGGACGAGGGUGUUGUGUACCGCAAGGUCAAAUCCCAGGAUGAAGUAUAUAAUGCGACUGAACAAGACAAAGAUCUACUUAUAGCUGUCAAAGACAUUAUCAGGGAAGACUCAAAGAGAGAGAAAUAUGCAGAGAAGGGUUGCCACAUCCUGCACAUCCUAUCUGCAGCCAGGCACCGCUACAGCCUCAACCUGAGCAAAGCAGCACUGGAGCUGGUCCUCAAAUCACUGGAAUGCAACAGUGACAUCGUCAGCACCAGAGACAACUAUUACACUAUGUUUUAACAUGAGCACAGUGGGGUCAGGAACCAUGUAAUACUGUUCAUGAUGUAGUAUGGCAUAUUGCUCCGAAAUGUAAGCAUUCAAUACGUUUAGGAAAAUCAUGCCAUUGGUAUUCAUUUGUUCACGACUAAUCAGUCAACUGUAGCACUUGCCAAAAGUAAUUGAACUCCAUGUUUUUUACGUUUGCAAUUUAAAAUCAUUACUAAAUGUUAGUGUGCUAUGGUUAAGUAUUGAAUUUAAUAUAAUGUAUGCCUUAUGAAAUCAAGCCAUGCCAAAGAGAAUUGACUUCAGGGAAAGUUUCAGGACCAUUGUGCACUCCACUGUUUGUACAUUUAUAUGAUGUUUAAAUAAAUAGGAAAUAAUUAACACAAUGAGCUCCUGGGUUCUCAUUAAACCAAACAAAAACCAAAUGCUAAUGAUUUUUCUUACAUUUUUUCUUUUUUCUAGCACAUGAAAACAAAAAACAAUAUUCAAACCACAUAAAAUUAGUAACUGCUAUUAUUAUCAUCUCUGUCACCAUCAUUAAAUAAGCUGUUAAGGACAUCUCAAUGCCAAUAUACGUUAUAACAUGCACCAAUAUAUCAAAUCCUCAUGAUGAUGCGUUACUCAUGCCAAGUAGAAAGUGGGUCAAAUAACACUAAAAAAUUGGUUAAAUGUUUCAGUGGGUACCCACAAGUCUCCCCUUCACAAACAUGCCCAUUUAAUGCAAAUUCUGAGCCGUUUGGGACAAAAUCCAUGCAGUACAAAUGUGUUAUUUACUAUUGUAUUUGAAUAUUUCUGCAUACUGGGAUGCUUUAUCUUUGCAUAAAUUGGUAUGACUGGAAAGGUAAUAUUCCUGUAGAUGCAGUGAGCCCAAUUUUUUUCAUCCUCAAAGUAGGAAUUUCAUUGUAGUGAGACCAUUUAUUUAAACUUGACCUCACUGUAUAAAAUGACCUGUUGUGACUACCAGGAUAGCCACACAGCCUCAUGAAACUUUACAACCACAAACGAGACACAUAGAGCAUUCAGGGGAUUUAUGACUUUCCUAGGUAUAUUGACAAUAGGAGGUUUCCAGCAGUUUCCAGAAGAAGAAGUGCUUGCCAUCCAACUACUGAAAAAUGCAAUUCUUGUAGAAAAAAUGUCACCGUUUUUGAUGGCAAAUCACAGCAUAUAUUUUUAUAUGAAGUUCCCCAACAUCUCAGUGUCUUAAUGUAGUAUUUUGGAGUUUUUUUAAAGAACAUUUGUAUCGAUUUAGUGGUAUAAAAAAAGGUUACAAUUUGCACAAAAUCUGUAACAAAUGGUGUUGACCUGAAUAUCAAAUUCAUUUUCAGGUUUUGAGCUUUCAGAUGAUGUAUGACGUAUCAAUUCCCUCUUAAAAAUGACAUUUUAUAUGCUUGCUGAGUAGCACUCAUCAUGAUGAGUAAACAAAAUGUGUACAAUUGAGUCUAAUUCCAAAUGUAUGCUUUUCCUAAAAGCCCUUUCCAUUAUGUAUUAUAUUUAACAAUUAAUUAAAUAGCGACAAAUGAAUUGCCUCACAAUGAGCUCUGGGUCUUGAUGCCCCUGGGGCCCUGGGGAAGUUGCCCACUCUGCCUAGUUGGUAAUCCAGCCUUGCAUAUUCCCUUAUCGAUUGCAUUACAAUACAGCAGUUGACAUACAGAGAGCCUGGAGCUUUCAGGACCCCUGGAGUUCUCAGGCCCUGGGGCAGUUGCCCAGUUGGAAUUUCAGCAGUGGGCUCAUAAUUAUGGUUAGCCAUUAAAUUAAAGUAGGUUCUCAUAAGUGACAAGAAAGAUGAUACUGAUCUGGUUUUACCAAUGUUCUGAAAACUUAUUUCGGGUCAUUAUGGAUCUUGUCUGUUUCAUUUU